CCUUAAUUUGGCACCACAAGAUAACAACAGCCAGCCAUCGAAUCGAAACCACCUGCAACCCCGCACGAGGGAUCUAGCCGCCAUUCGUCUCGGUCUCCGGCCUCCGGCCACCGCGCCCGCGAGCCAAUGGGCUUCGCCAAACGUCCUAAUAAGGUCGACGGCCCGCCAAGCCGGACCAGCAGCGUGGCCUCCUCCGGCACCAGCGCCAGCGCCCGAACGUCCUCCAUCUCCAGCGAUGACGGGAACGGUGGACGGCCAGGCCAGUCCCCGGCGCGCGGCGCCCCGGGCCACACGCUGGAGGCGCCGUCGCGGAAGAACCGGCCCGCACGUAGCCCCUCCCGGCCGGCGCUGCUGUUCCAGAAGCUUCGCCGCGCGCUCCCCAUCCUGGCGCCCCGGUGCGGGAGGACGCCGGCGGGGUCGGCGCGCGAGGUCGCGGCGUCGACCUCCUCGGGCGCCGCCGACUCGCACCUCAUGUCGCGGCACGUCGCGUCGGGCGGCGGGAGGCGGCCGUGCCGGCGUGUGACGGGCACGCUGUUCGGCCGCCGCAAGGGCCGCGUCGCGCUGGCGCUGCAGGAGACGCCCCGGAGCCUGCCGAGCCUGGUGGUGGAGCUGGCGCUGCAGACGCACGCGCUGCUCCGCGAGCUCGGCAACCCCGCCGGCGCGCGCAUCGUGCUGGAGACCGAGCGCCGCCGCGGCGGCACUGGCGAGGGGCCUAAGCGCGCGCCGCCGCUGCUGGACGAGGUGGCGUGGACCAUGUUCUGCAACGGGAGGAAGACCGGGUACGCGGUGCGGCGGGAGGCGACGGACUACGACCUGACGGUGAUGGAGACGCUGCGGGCAGUGUCCAUGGGCGCCGGCGUGCUCCCGGUCCCAGCUGGAGCUGGAGCUGGAGGUGGGGUCUCGGGGUCGGCGCCGGACGACGAGGUGGCGUACAUGCGCGGCUGCUUCGAGCACUUGGUGGGGUCGUGGGACUCGGAGUCGCUCUACAUGGUGACGCCCCAGGGCGGCGGCACCGGCCCGGAGCUCGCCGUGUUCUUCGUCAGGCUCUGACCAAAACGCCCUCUCCUUAGGAAGGAGAUGGGCGGUGGAAGAUCCGUACGUGAUCGGUGAUGGUCGGGUCGCCCUGCUAUAGUUGCACGGAUGUAUAGAUUUUGAUUAGAUUUAAUUUAUUUAUUCUUGCCCAAAAGCAUGCACGACCCUUGUAUAUAUGGUUGAAAGAAGUAAAGCUA